AUGGUUACUAGUGUGAUGAAGACUAGUGAAGAUAGCGAAGAGAUGGGCACUUUUGUAAGACGAGACGAAAGGGGUAAAAUCAGAACGAGUAACCCUGCCACUGCACACAACCAAACAUCGAUGCCCGGGGUGGGAUUAGAACGUCUGGAACAUUGCCUGACCCUUCCAGUCGAGAUGGCUAACGGUCCACGAAACAGGGGUCAAAGUUUAAGACGAGAAAGGGUAGCUCUUCUUGCGAAUCCUUACGAGGGACGAGUAGCUGAUGUUGGAAUGGAGUUGUUCUCCCCAUAG